AUGGAAUAUGUCCAGGUAGAAGAUGAUGAUGUCGACCAUUUCAAACGAUUGGCGUUGUGGGAAUCUAGUCUGGCGUUGUGGGAAUCUAGUCUGGCGUUGUGGGAAUCUAGUUUGGGGUUCUGGGAAUCUAGUUUGGGGUUCUGGGAAUCUAGUCUGUGGUUCUGGGAAUCUAGUCUGGCGUUGUGGGAAUCUAGUCUGGCGUUGUGGGAAUCUAGUCUGGCGUUGUGGGAAUCUAGUAUGGCGUUGUGGGAAUCUAGUCUGGUGUUGUGGGAAUCUAGUCUGGCGUUGUGGGAAUCUAGUCUGGCGUUAUGGGAAUCUAGUCUGGCGUUAUGGGAAUCUAGUCUGGGGUUGUGGGAAUCUAGUCUGGGGUUGUGGGAAUCUAGUCUGGGGUUGUGGGAAUCUAGUCUGGCGUUGUGGGAAUCUAGUCUGGGGUUGUGGGAAUCUAGUCUGGGGUUGUGGGAAUCUAGUCUGGGGUUGUGGGAAUCUAGUCUGGCGUUAUGGGAAUCUAGUCUGGGGUUGUGGGAAUCUAGUCUGGGGUUGUGGGAAUCUAGUCUGGCGUUAUGGGAAUCUAGUCUGGGGUUGUGGGAAUCUAGUCUGGGGUUGUGGGAAUCUAGUCUGGGGUUGUGGGAAUCUAGUCUGGCGUUCUGA